UAUCUUUUUUUUAGCUACCCGUUUUCGUGAACAUCCCACCUUCUUCUCAGGGAUUCGCGAACAUUGGCGGAUCGAAGACUAUAAACCAAUCCGAAACGAAAUCGGAGACCGUAUUAACCAAUCGUACACAGGAGGCGGGGUUUUCUUUAAUACAGAUUCUCUGUGCAAAUCUUUUUCAUCCCAUGAUCUUUGCUCAUACAAUGAUGGAGAGGCUCUGGAUUAUUCAGGUUUGGCACGAUCUACUAUGGGCGUCUUCUCUGUUAUAAUCCACCCGCAAGUCUGUUUUGACUUCCACCCCUCUCAUGGCCUCCAGUUACGCUGCUCAGUUGGACGGCUCGGCCGAAGUGAAGGAGGGCUUUCUUUGCCCGCUGUGUCUGAAAGACCUGCAGUCCUUCUACCAGCUGCAGGAUCACUACGAAGAAGCACAUUCUGGAGACAACCGCCAUGUCGGCGGCCAAAUCAAGAGCCUGGUUCAGAAAGCAAUGAAAGCCAAAGACAAACUCUUGAAACGAGAUGGAGAUGAGAGGAAUGAGAGCAGCUAUGAGUCCUUUUACUAUGGAGGUGUGGAUCCCUACAUGUGGGAGCCUCAGGAACUGGGAGCAACUCGGAGUCACCUGGGACUUUUUAAGAAACACAGAGCUGCUAGAAUUGAUCAUUAUGUCAUUGAGGUUAACAAGCGCAUCAUCCGCCUGGAGAAGCUUAUUUCCUUUGAUAGAACCAAUAUGGAUGGUGGGAAGAUAAGAGCACUAGAGAAGUCGGUUGUGCCAUGGGUGAACGAUCAGGACGUACCAUUCUGCCCUGAUUGUGGGGACAGAUUCAACAUCAGAAACCGACGUCAUCACUGCCGGCUCUGUGGUUCCAUCAUGUGCAGAAAGUGCAUGGAAUUUGUGCCUCUCCCUCUGGCGUAUAAGUUAACGAGUGGCACGCGAGAAGCCCUGUGUGUGCCUGGCAGUCCCAGGCAGGGAGCGUCCCCUGGUGGAGGAGGCCCUACGGUGCAGCAAACCUCACGGCGUGGCUCUAUCACCAGCCUCUCAUCAGUGAGUUCUGUGCUGGAGGAGAAAGACGAGGACAGAAUUCGUUGUUGCCGUCACUGCAUGGAUGCUCUGCUGCGUUACCAGCACAAACUGGAGGAGAAGGACCACGUGCCAGACAUCGUCAAACUCUAUGAAAGGUUGAGGAUGUGCAUGGAGAAAGUGGACGAGAGGGCGCCAGAGUACAUUCGCAUGGCAGAGUCGCUCAAUGCUGGCGAGACCACCUAUAACCUAGAAACCGCUGCUGGUCUUCGGAUGGAGGUGCAGAAAUAUUAUGAGCACAUCGAUGCUCUCAGUAAGAAGAUUCUAACACUUGGACUAAAAGACGAGAUGCCACCCCAUCCAAAAGCAGUCCAGCUGCAGAAGAUGGUGCGCUACUCAGCGACACUGUUUGUGCAGGAGAAGUUGUUGGGCCUGAUGUCUCUUCCUACGAAAGAGAAAUACGAGGAGCUGAAAGAGAAAAGGAAAGAGGAACAGGAAAAGAAGCUCCAACAGGAGAGACAGGCAUCUCUGGAAGCACAAAAGCGUAGACUGGAAAUAGAGAAGAACCGUGUAACCCACAGUGCAAACGGAGAUGCCCCUCGGCCCGCACAAGGCCCUCGCGUGACCAAAGGCGGCGGCUGGUUGCCUUCUUCGACUUCUCAAUCAGCCAGUGAACUGGACGACCCGCUGCUGCAGCAGAUUAACAACAUCGAGUCGUUUCUCCAGCAGGCUCGAGCAGCGAAUCGCACCGAUGAGGCAGCCAUGCUGGAAGACAACCUACGGCAGCUUCAGGAGGAGUUUGACGCUCAGCAGAUGAGCCAAGCCAUCGAGAUGUCACAGCGCCAAGCCCAGGAGGAGGACCUACAAAGAAGCCAGAUCCUUCAUCUUCAGCAGAUGGAGCUGGAGAGCAAAACAACCAAAUUGGAUUCGUCCGGUUUGGGCGAUUCAAAGGACAUCAAAGGACACAUGGGAACGUGGGAGAAAGGAGGCGAGAGUGGAUGGGGGGAUUUGGAAACAAGUCCUCAAAGCAAUGCUUUGUCAAUAAACUCAUUUCCACGUUUGCCGGGCAAUUCACCACCUUUACAACGAGAUGAAUGCACUACAUUUUCCCCUGGUGGAGAGGCAUCUCUAAAUCCGUUUGAUGAUGAUGCCACUCCAGUUGAAGACGACUCCUCAAACCCUUUUAUUGAAGAGAUCCAGAGAGAGCAGCAGCAGAAAGCUGUCAGAAAACCCAAAGAGUACAACCCUUUCGAGGAAGGUCAGGAUGAGGAGCAGGACAUAGACGCCAGGAAGAACCCCUUUGAGCACGACUUUGAACAUGAGGACAAAGGUAAUCCCUUUAAAGAGACAUCUGGCGAGACGCCUUCCGCCCCAACCAAUCCUUUUGAAGACGACGACGACGGCCCUGCACUGGAGGACAUCAUUGAGGAAGAGCUGUUGCUUCAGCAGAUCGAUAACAUCCGUGCGUACAUUUUUGAUGCCAAGCUCAGCGGACGCACAGAUGAAGUGGAGCUACUGUCCCAAAACCUGAGGGAGCUACAGUGCACUUUACAGGAGCAGAAGAGGAAAGCGCACUGACCAUUGUCAAUUUAUGUUUUGUUUUUCUUCUCUUGGGAUCAGGACACUGGAAGAAAAGAUACAUUUUACAAGUGUUGUAUGUUUUGCCAUUUUUUCAGGCUGUUGGAAUGCACCCAUAUGAAGUAAGUUGGACAAAACAAAGACUUGGUAACAUUUCUACAUAGAAUAUCUAACUUUACUCAUAUGUACAAAACCAUAGGUCUCUCAUUAACAUGCUCCUAUAUAUUAUAUAGGUCAUAAAGAUGUUUAUUUUAGGGCUAAGGUUUAUCAAACCUCAUUUAUCAAUCUUUAAUCUUCAAGCGUGUGUAAAUGUUUUCGUAGAACAAACCAAACAAAGCUUUUAGUAAAUCAAAUUUUCUUCAUACUAACCAUACUAACCUGCAUCAUGAUAAACAUGUGCUGUCCACCUAGAAUUGACCAACUGCGUUUACAGCACAGAUAUGUUCACUAAGCGACACCAAAAACUGAAAGCAAAGCACAGCACAAUGACAACUAAACAGCGAGAGAGUAAAUAAAACACGCUAAAUCUACCAAUAAUGCAGCACAGCCACUGCAGUGCACACACUAAGGCCUGGUAGAUACUCUACACAAGCCAGUGCAUGCAAUGGCAAGGUGUCCGCCACAGGAAGUGGACUUCUAGACUACGCAUGUAGAAUUUGUCCAAAAUCUAGACUGCGAUGCAACUAGCAGCCCUUUUUAAAAUCUCAGUUCUGCUGCCAGCUUUAUUUUGAUGCCCUCUCGUGGAUUAGCUUUCUACACCAGUAAGGCUCCAGAAGCGUUUACUUACUUCUAUAGAAUAUGUAAAAAGUGUCUUUCUUCCACCUUUUACAGGGUUUUUGUCAUUAAGUGACCAGCUAGUCUUGUCAUAAUUUAUAUUUGUAUUGAAUUGAUGUCUUUCGAGUCAUUAAAGUGAAAUGACCGAUUGUCAAUACUGAAUCAGCAAUGAUGCAAUUCUAAAGCUUCACAUCAAUGCGCCUCCUUACACGUAAACCUCCACAAAUACGCUCAGGUUUUUUAUUCAUUUUGAACAUCUUGCUUAUUGAAAUGCUUUUGCAAAAAACAUUGAUAGAUGUGGCCUGUGGUUUAAACAAGUCUAUGCAGAGGAAACUGCUUAGACUUUCGUUUACAACGUGUGAGCUAAACCAACAAAAAUGUUUUCUCGCACAAAGGUCACCACAUAGAACAUGAAGCCUGCCCUCAGGUAAAAUAGGUAAUAUACUUAAAAACAGAGUCUCAACGACUUCAUCAUAACACUAUAAGUAUGACAGAAAUGUUGGCAAAGAGGUGCACAACAUGUUAAGAAUAUGAUCAUGAUUAGACUUUCCACUACAUUCAAAGAAAUUUGGCAAUUCGUCUAAUCGUAGAAACCAUCAUGAAGACAGCUGAUUGGUUAGGAUUGAUUUGAUUGAUGGUUCAUUUGUAUGGAAAUGCACAGCUGCUACACCAUAGAUAAAAAAAUCUCACCAGUAUUAUUAGAGAGAAAAGAAAUCUCAAUAUUAGUUACAGGAAAGCAUCUUAUUAUAGAAAAGCAUUGUGAACUGUGGAUUAUAUUGUAAAAAUGAUAAAUAUUUAUCUUCUCAAUGUUUUCAAUGAGAUAUUUCUUCAAAUUGAUGUUUGUUUUCUCAAUUUAUUUCUAAUAUUAAAAGAUGCUUUUCAUGUAAUAUGAGAUGUUUUCUCAGAAUAACAAGACACUGAUGGUGAUUUUUUUUUCAUCUGUGAUGUUAAAAAGGUGACCAUGCCAUGAUUAACAAAUGACAAACCGGGAAUAUAUACAAUGUUUGUGAAUUUAAUCAUGGGUGAUCAAUAGUAGUGUACGAUUUUUAAGAUAAUAUUCAUGAAAAUUUUAUUGCAAGGUCUGCGCACCUUGAAGAACCCUUUCAUGUCCUGAUGUAACUGCCUGUAGAUAUUGUGUACAGCAGACAUGGGAAUGAACGUGCUCCACAGGUUUAAGACUUGUAUGAAUCAUUUCAAGGCAUUUGCUAAAAUGAGUUUGUCAGCCUUGCAUGGUGACAUUUUCAUUCAUUUCUGAUCAGAUUAUCAACUCCAUUUUACUUUCCUGGGUAAUGCAACUAACUCUAUCAAAUCUGCUUAAAUAGCGUUGUACUAGCUUUCCGGCAUGGUGUGCUGCACCUUUGAAAGUCUCUUUUUCAAUGCCAAUGUUGGAUGUCUGCUUAAAUAUUUGAACUACACUUUACACAAUGGAUAUGUUGAGUAACACUAAACCAGUUCUGCACUGACAGGUCUAUCAUGUACAUUUUAGGAGAGAAUCGCAAUACAGUUAAUUUAACAGUAGUCACAAGAUCGAUUGAUUUAUCAUGAAUAGGCAGUAUUUCAAGUGAAUAUGUCUGUGCAGGGACAAAUAAAGAACGUUUUUGUAUUUUGUUUUGUUUUGGUGAUAAGUAGCCUUAAAUGAUGUGCUUGUGACUGUCAUUGGAAGGUCUGAUAGCACUUGAGUCAUUAAGCCUGUUCACAUUCAGAAUGCAAAACACUGCACUAAUAAAAUAGAUCAAAUAAAAAUACUCCGGUCAAGUGAA